AUGCGCUCUUACGCUCUUAUCUCCGCUUUGCUCACCACCAGUGUAGCUGCCCAAACGACUGGGAAGCUUGGUGAUGCUGCUAUCAUCAGCGAUAACCCUGUUGGCGCUCACUAUGUCGCCACUUUCCCAAUAAGUGAGAAGAACACUGUUCGAGGAACCGUAAAAGCCGAGAGCAACCCAGACGGGAAGGGUGUUCACUUCGAAGUCUCUGUCUCGGGUCUACCAGAAGCCGGUGGUCCUUGGGGCUACCACCUCCACGCUAUGCCUGUUCCUGAGGAUGGCAAUUGCACCAAGACCCUCGCCCAUCUCGACCCCUACGAGCGAGGCAACACGCCCGCUGCCCCCAAGUGUGACAAAGAGAAGCCCGAGACCUGCGAAGUUGGUGAUCUCUCAGGCAAGCACGGGGCCAUGAGCGGCACAUCAUUCACCGCGUCGUACGACGAUCAGUACGCCUCGCUCAAGGAGGGCAUCGGCGCUUUCUUUGGCAACCGUUCCAUCGUGAUCCACUAUUCCAACAGCACUCGUAUCACUUGCGCCAACUUCACCAUGCUCACCGCUGGCACUCCGGCAUCCCCUGUCGGUACCGGUUCACCUUCACCUUCUGGUGGUUUUUCGUCGGUCGUUGGUCCGAAUGGCACUGCGCCCCCUACCGGCGCCCCGACUUACAACCCUCCGGCGACACCCACUGGCUCUGAGCCGAGCCCGUCUCAAGGUGCUGGUAGUGUGAUCAAGACAAGCUUCGGCUUUGGUGCAUUGCUUGCUGGUGUUGUUGCAUUUGUGCUGUAA